AUGAUAUGUUUUUGGUGUAUAGGUUUGGUUCAGCGUAUCGUUGAUUGCAGGAGUGUAGGUGUUGUCGAGGUUGUGUUGUAUAUGGAACUUGAUGUUAUCCUUAGAAUGAACUGGUUGGAGUCCAACCAUGUUCGUAUCAAGUGUUACGAGAAGACGGUGUCAUUUCCAGCGUUUGAUGCAAGUGAUAAGUUGUUUGUGUCUGCUAAACAAGUGGAGGAGCUCAUGAAUUAUGAGGCUAAGGUGUUUAUGAUAUUAUCUUCUAUGAAGGCACAAAGUAAAGUUGUGAUUGGCGAGCUACCGGUGGUUUGUGAUUUUUCAAAAGUGUUCCCUGAAGAUAUUAGUGAUUUGCAGUCAGAGCGCGAGAUUAAGUUUUCUAUAGACUUAGUAUCUGGUACUACUCCUGUGUCAAUGGCUCUUUAUAGAAUGUAUGAUUUAGAGUUGAGUGAGCUGAAGAAACAAUUGGAAGAUCUGCUUGAGAAGAAGUUUGUUCAGCCAAGUGUUUCACAGUGGGGUGCGCUAGUGUUGCUAGUCAAGAAGAAAAAUGGUAGCAUGUGGUUGUGUGUUGAUUAUUGA